AUGAAGGCAUUCUCCCUCCUUGUCCAUCUCGGCCUCCUCCAGGCAAGCCUCGGCAAGAAGUGCUACUACCCAAAUGGCCAGGAAGCCAGAAACGCCUACCCCUGUGAUCCGGAUGCCGAGCAUAGCACGUGUUGUUCUGGUAGUGCGUGGGGCAAGUCCUGUCUGGCAAACAAACUAUGCGUCACACCGGGCAUGAGGUUUGCCCGAGGAUCGUGUACGGACCCGACGUUCAAAUCGCCGGCAUGCCCUGAUUACUGUACUAACCAUCGCACGGGAGUCUGGGAUGUAGUCAACUGUGUCAAUACCACUAAGGUUGACACGAUCUACUGUUGUUAUGGAAUGGAAAACUGCUGCGAACAAGGCAAUGGCCGAUUUCAACUCCUGCCACCGCCUUCACAUACAUGGGCUGUGUACAACAGUGACCUAACGCGGUACGAUGUCGUCACGCCGCUUUCGACGGCAACAUCUUCCGCCUCGAUGAGCACGGCAAGCACCAGUUUGGAUGCGUCGGAGACGUCGGGUGCGUCAGAGGCGUCAUCGACAACCAGCGGCACCUCUGCGUCGACCUCGGGGUCGGAACAACCUGAAGAAACCGACGGAUCAAGCCAGGGGCAGUCGGGAACCGACUCAUCCUCACACUCACACGAACCAACGGGGCUAUCCACGGCGGCUCGGGCGGGCAUUGGCGUCGGCGCGGCGUUAGGUGCUAUUCUCAUUAUAACCAUGGCCUAUCUCGCCUGGCAAUUGAACAAGACGAAGAAGGCAUUGGCCGCAGACAGCCAGUGGCAAGUGGUGACCACAUACCCACCCGCAGCGCCAUCCAGCGCCUACUACUCACAAGACCCGGCUCACAAACACGAAGUGCAAGGCGAUCUGGCAAAUCAGGAGUUGCAGGGUCAGCAUUAUUUCGUCGACGGGGACGCCAGUCGCGCCGAGCUGUCGGCCACACCUUCUUUCUUGAUUUUCAAGAACGCACUUCUCACACCAGCGAUGGAGAUGGCGAACAGCGGCCCAAAAUAUCGCGAUGAGAUUCUAAAGAUGAUGUUCGUGGCAGGGGAAACUAGGCAACCCGACGUCGAGACAACCACCAUGGUCGAGAAUAUCGUCCGUGACCAAACAAUACACAUGUUGACUGUAGCCGGAGAUUUAGCAGCCCACCGGGGGCAGACAAAGUUCACUCUAGACGACAUCAUCUUCCAGGUGCGAAACGACGCCGAGUGCCUCGCCAGGCUCCGGAACCACAUGCAAUGGAAGCAAAUUCGAAAGAGGGCGAAGGUCAAAGAUGACGGGUCAGCGGAUGACCUCGACGUGGACGACGUGAAUGACAUAAUCGAAGACGAAGGCGGUGAUGACGAUGCCGAAGCACCUGGAGCAACCGAACCCAAUCCCGAUCCUGCUACGCACUCGAAGAGUGAUGCUACAGCAGCCAUAGCUAACGGCCCUGUAGUGUCUAUUCCACCACUUCCCUGGUCGAUAUUAUACAUGUUCCCUUAUGCAGCCGACAUCCCCUCUCUGGCCACAAUAGAUGAUGACGACGGGAUCGGAGGAGAGGACCCAGGUCCUUCUUCUGGCAGCACCACAAGUCACUGGUUUCUCGCCUGCCUCAUGAAAAACGACGAACGGACGCGGGCCAUGACAGCGGAAGAGUACAGCGCCUGGUCAGAUUGCAGAUCAGCCUCGUUUACGUACCGCAGGAAGAAGGCCUUCCGGGAGUGGUGUGGACUUGGAGUCAUAACCGACCACAGGGCCAAGGAUGAUGUGUUGGAAAUAUUGGGGUUCUUGACCAGCGAGUGGGUGCAGAAGCUCACUGAACGGGCUUUGCAAGUCCAACAGCAAGAGGUCAGGGAGUCCGCGGGUGUCAACGGCAGAACUGGGUCGAAGAGGAAGUAUGAUGAUGGACCGUUUUCGAUGAGAGGCGGUGGAGGGUGUGAGCCGAAGAAUACUAGCGACGAACCGGUAACAAAAAGCCCAAUUCAAAUACGGCAUGUGAGACAGGCAUUCGAAAUACUCCAGACACCACUGAAGAAGUACACAGCCAUGUUAAACGGAUCACAGUCAAGGGGACGGAAGAAGAUGAGGAUAUUUUGA